UCUCUUCAACACGUAUUUGUUCCGUCAUGGUGUUUUGUUAUUAAAAAACAAAAAUUAUUUAUUUUUAAAAAUUGCAACGUGGAAAGAAAUAUACGACUAGUCAACCCGAUUGACCUAGAGACUAAGGAGCAAAAAUAUCUUAACGUUCGCUGUUUCCCAACAAAAACUUUCCAAAUACUGGUUCCAGCAUUCGUUUGCGUUGUUUUGACACACCGAUAUAACAGAUCUCGAAGAUGUCUGAUAGUGAAGACGAAGACCGUAGACCAGUUACCACAAGUAGCAUAAGGCUGAGUGAAGAUGAAAUUAUAAAGAGCUUACUAUCCACAUCAUCGGUCAGCCUAAAAACCUUAAUACCCAGCAGUUCUAUAAAAUCUGAGAAUGCCUUAAAAGUAGCAGUCUGGAUUCUUACUAGUCAUGCAAAGAAAAGGACACCUAUACACAUAUUACAGAGGAUUAAGUGGUUGACAGCCAUUGUUCAGUAUGGCAUAAUUGAUUCACUAAAUGGUCUUGAAAAGCUGUUCAACCCCUUCAUACAAUUGACUUUCAUCACUCAAUAUCAAGCUUCUAUUUGCCACCUACUCUACAUGAUUGCAACCCCAAGUUUCCACAAGUUCCAAGUGGAACGGAUCAUGAAGAAUGCUGAUAUUAUUGGAUUAAUGAAACCUCUAGUUGGUCUUUUGGGGCGUAUGAAAUCUCUUCGCCCUGACUUGGUUCCCCAAGCUAUCCCUUAUCAGAGCAAUGCUGUCUCUUUCCCUAAAGCGCCAGCCACAAUCCGUAAUGGCCUCUAUGAUCUCGCGGAGCAUAUGAGGCAACAACAUGAAUCGCCCAAUCAGUUUACUUUCACAAUCGAAAGUGAAGAGCAAAGGACAAACAAAAAGAUGAGGAUGGAUAUCAUUCCACGAGUCCAGCACAUCAGCUUAAAAUCCUCGUUCGAAGUUGAUUUCCGGGAAAUGGUGAUCCCAGAACAAUUUAAGACGUUCAAAGACUUGGUGGGCAAAAUGACUGUAGUUCAAUUGCCCAACCAUGUGGGUUCAUUAUUGAGCAAGAGAGAGUACCAUUACGUAUUAUACACGAAUUUGACUCCACGUUUGGAAGCGCUUCUAUCUCAGUGGCUAUAUCUGACACUGUAUCAUGUUAUGUCAGAGUUUAUUGAAAGAAAUCAGAUUGCUUGCCUGGAUGAGAAAAAAUUACUGCUACAAAGAGUCAUAGAAUUCCAGGAAUCAACAGGCCGAAAGCUCAUGGUUGUUUACGAUUUUCUUUCGGAAUAUCUUCGCGUAUGGGAUGGAGUCCAAUACCGUGACCACAUUUUUCAGCUUGUCUCUGCCCUUCCCAUUCUACCCUACUCGGAUCUCUAUGAAAAUUUCUUGCGAGUAUUAGAAGACAUGUUUCGUUGGAGCCCGACUUCCUUCAAACUAGAAAUGAUUGAUUCUUGCCGGAAGCUAAUUCAUAAUUUGCUGGUAGAAAAGUUUGGGCCUUCCGAUCGUCUCCAAGAGUUAUUCCAUAGCUCAAAUACGACUUCAACUCCAAAAGAAAAGUCUGAACUAGUUGAAGGGAUCUACAUCAUUAGCGAAGUCAUUCGCUUCACCGUUCGCCUUUACAAUACAGCCCUUACGUCCUCCACCGACAUUGCAGUUCUUCUGAGUUCUCUUAAUUUCCAUUUGUGGCUAGUUGAGGUUGAGUCGCAGUUUCAUUUGCCAUUCCGAACGCUGUGUCAACCCAUCACCGUUUAUGCUGCUUUAUUUUCACAAGUUCCAGCGGCCAUAUCUCUCUUGUGUAUGCUGUUUUGCAAGUUCAAAGAAAAUGCUUUACGAUAUCUUUUGACCAUGUCCACCAUUCCAGAGCUCAAAGAUUUCCAUAAAGCCUCGUUGGAUGACGCUUCCAUGUUGAAUCGUUAUAUUAUCGAUAUGUCAAACUGUUUGAUUUACCAAAAAGCCUUUGUGCCUGCUCCGGAUUCGUUGUUAUCUCGAUUGCCUCGAAGAAAUGUCCGAAAAUUACUGGAAUUGGGUGCCCUUAAAGAAGCCUUUGACUUGAAAAGACACCCCGCUUUUAUGGGAAUUGCUCGCCAAUGGAUCAAAUCGAAACCGAAUUAUUCUGCUGAAAGGUCUCUCAAUGUCUUUGAAGAAAUGGAUGCCGAUCCGGACGGUUAUUUACGAUUUUUAUUUGGUUAUGUACCUGCCAUACGGAAUUAUCUACAAGAGUUUCAUCGCGAUUAAGUGAAAAGAAAAACGUCUCGUACGAUUGGUCAAGUUCAGGACGGUGCCUGAAUGAACGUUAUCGGGCCAAACCGUUGGUUAGCCUGCUAACGGUUAACCAGGAGUUAGAUAAUCGAUUUUUGGAAAUCAUUUAUCACCAGUUACCAAAGCUAAAUUAAUCCGAAUUUUAUGGCCAGGACUUUAUUUACAUGAAAUGUAUUGAUUCCAACAACCACAAAAAACGGGGGGGAAAAAACAACAAAUAGCACUUGGAUAAUUGAUUUCUCGUUUUCUUUAAUCUCCGUCAGAAUAUUAAUUUGUUUCUCAUCGAUAAACAGUAGUACAAUGACAUGUUCACAAACAAAA